CCAGAUGCAGUGCUGGAGAAAGUCAGAAUCGAGACAGAGAAAGAUAGAACAAUGCAAACACUUAUUCAGUAUAUCCUAAAUGGAUGGCCAGACAAACAUAAUAGUUCACCUGAACUCAAACAAUAUUUUUCACUAAGAGACAUGUUAACAUACGAAGACGGACUCCUGUUGAAAGGAGAACAAAUAAUAAUACCGAUAUCACUUCGCAAGGAAAUAGAAGAAAAACUCCAUGCAGCACAUUUGGGAGUAGACUCAAUGAAAAGAAGAGCAAAAGAAACAGUUUUCUGGCCUGGAUUAUCAGCUCGAAUACAGGAAAUAGCCAACUCAUGCUACAUUUGUCAGAAAAAUAAACCAGCAAACCAGAGAGAAGAAUUAAUACAUCACGAAAUAGGUUCUAAUCCGUGGGACAAGAUUGGAAUUGAUUUAUUUCAAAUGUGUGACCAACAAUAUCUAGCCAUAGUGGACUAUUAUUCAAAUUUCAUAGAGGUAGAAAACAUGCAGUUGACAACAACACACGCAAUUAUAAAGAAACUGAAAGUUUUAUUUGCAAGAUAUGGGGUGCCCAAAGUCUGUAUAUCUGAUAGCGGACCUCAGUUCAGAUCGGAAUAUUUUUCCAAAUUUAUGAUGGAAUGGGGAGUGACUCAUUUGAAAUCUUCUCCAGGACACCAUCAAUCCAAUGGAAAAGCUGAGUCAGCAGUUAAAAUUUUGAAGAACAUAAUGAAGAAAUCUAGAGAAUCAAAGUCAGAUGCUUAUGAAGCUCUUCUGGAAUUUAGAAAUACUCCAAGGCAAGACACAAAUCUAAGCCCAGUUCAGAUGUUUUUUGGUCGGAUGACUCGAACACUGAUACCAAACAAAAGGAGUAACAUUAAGAUUUCUACAUGUCAAGAGAACAUUAUGAGAAGGAAAGAAAAACGUCAGAUGAGUGUAAAAACAUCUUAUGAUAAGAGGUCAAGAAAUUUAAGUCAGCUGAAAACUGGACAGAUGGUCUAUUUCCAAUCUCCUAAUGACCCUACAUGGAGACGUGGAAGAAUCCAGUCUCAAGUCAAUCAGAGAACUUACAUUAUUCGAGGUGACAAUGAUGCAGUGUACCAAAGAAACAGAGUGCAUAUUAACCCGAACAGAGAAACAGAAGAAGAUAUAUUUCCCGAUACUGAUAACAACAUACAGGACAAUAGAACUCAGGAUCAACACGUUCGCCACUCAUCAACUCAUCAUUCCCUGCGACCAAGGGAUCAGUUGAAGAAACCGACAAGAUUCAAUGACUAUGUGUCUUAAUGAACUAUUGAAUGUUGAUUUUUAAACGUGAUAUGUUUCAUAUUGAUUGAAGCGUAUACAUGUAUGUUACGUUUAGUUGUUUAUGUUGUUGUUGUUUUAUUUUUUUUCUAUGAUACUCCCCGAAAUGUUUUAUUUUUUUUUAUUUUUUUUUAAAGAAAAGGGGAUAUUGAUAUGGUGCGCAAAGGUGCACGCGUUCAAUAUAAUAAAGUAUCAUUCUCCGCCAUGACACUAAUGGUUGUUGUUUGUUUAUUGCUGACUGUGAACCUAGAUCAUAAUUAACAAUCCUCAUUAUAGGGGCCUACACUUGACAGUCUAAAAAAAAACAAAUGGCACUCUCUACUACAAGAAACACCAAAAAAAAAAUCUUUAAAUAGUUUUUCAUUGUCUCACAAUAAACGAAAAACAACAAAAAGACCCAAAAAAGAAAUCUUCAUCAGAUGUUCGUGCCGCCAUUUCGCCAGCAGACGACUUGAGCGUCACACGUUUUUAAUGCAAUUUGAUUGGAUGGAAUGGGUGUUGGCUAUUUUGUUGUGAAGCCUCUCAAGGUCCUGGUCCGGGAGAAUAUUAAGUUCCGAGCCUGUGUUGAAGGAGACGAGAAUUCGGCAAAUUACAUUUAAGAAGCGAAGAUAAAGGCUUGAUUCCAAAUUAUGGAGGGACACUUCAACGCCCUUUUGACGGCAGACGAUAUUGGCUUUCUGGAUCAUUCGGACGUAGGCUCCAGUUAUUAUUUUCCUUUGUGCGGACAGAUGGACGAACCAGGAAGUACACAGAGAUCAAGGUACGAGAAUCAUGAGCAGGGAUGUCUGUCAGACAGGUCGAUGAGUGACAACAGAGGCAGCUAUACCAUCAAUGGGCUUCUGGCGCCCUCAGCUGCUCACGCCCUGGUGCAGUCUUCUCCACCUCAUCACGGAGCACCACACCACCCCAUCUCCAGCCAACCGCCUCUGCCGCCCACAGCCGAUGGCUACCCGUACGCAGGAAAUGGCUACCUACUGAGCGAACGCCACAGCGGGGGAGGGGGCCACGUGGGAGACAGCAUGGGCAGAACUAUCCUCUCAGCCGGAGAGGGCGAUGGCAUCGAAGGGACGCGGGUAAACGGAGGGCGAGACAACGCCUACAGUAACAAUCUCUUUUCUGAAUACUACUACUCCAAGCACGAGUCGACUCGAUCCCCUGCCUUGCAGACCUCCAACACAUCCUCCUCAAAGAUAUCUACCUCCUCCUCUUCAUCUGCCUCCUCGCCCCUGUCCAGUUCUAACCGUGGGCACAUGGGCGGAGACGUUGUUGACCGUGAUACUUCUGGUGGGGUGAAGAAGUUUGAGUAUGAAGAGAAAUAUAACGGGAGCUCAUCCCGUCGAAAGCAAAGACGGUACCGGACUACUUUCAACAGUUCUCAGCUUGAGGAGUUGGAGCGCGCUUUUCAGAGGACACAUUACCCAGAUGUUUUCUUCCGCGAAGAGCUAGCACUGAAAAUAGGACUCACAGAAGCGCGCGUACAGGUCUGGUUCCAGAACAGACGAGCCAAGUGGAGAAAGCAGCAAAAGGAGGAACACAAGGGCGCGAUACUCGGAGAUGUCUGCCAUGCUCUUCCAGCUUCUCAAAACAAACCUCCACAACAAACUACGCCUUCGUCGGGCAGCAACAAGAUGGCACCCAUCAGCGGUGUCCCCAUGCCAGGUUUUUACUUCCAUGGUAAUCUGAAUGUUGAUUGGGCGCCCCCUCUGUGCUCCGCCAUGACAUCUUCGUCGCUGACGUCAUUCCUAUCUGUCAAAAAUGGGAACCGGUUUCCGGCUGUGGAAGACUCAUUUGGUGCAAGGUGUUGUGGACAAAACCAGGUCAGCAGAAGUGAAAGUAACUCGCUGAAAUUGUCCAGCAGCAACAAUCAAUUUCAUAUCCCAGACAACAUGUACUCAGGAGAUGCUCGGGUGAGCAGCAUCGUAGCUCUCAGACUCAAAGCUCAGGAACACCAACAGGCUAUCAAAACUUGACUUUUUUAAAACCCAGCCACAACCGCAAACUGGGAAUCCACUUCAUAACUUCAGCGGGCUACUGUUUCGUGUGAAAACCUAGAUGGUAUAACUACAUGGGACUAACAACUGUAAAUCAUGAAUUAUGUCUCAGAAUCAUGAUUUCAGCUAAGAUCAUUUGAGAUGAAAGUUUUCUAUGGAAAUCGCGAACAUUACACUGGUCCUAAAAUUUAACUGUUGGAAAAUAUUUUUUGUACUAAAUGAAUACCGGUAUUGCAAUAUAACGAAUGAGUAGCUUUAACUGAUCACUAUAUUGCUACGUACCUUUAUCUGAACUUAUUCUGAACACUAUAUAUACAUAUAUAUAUAUAUCCUGUUUCAUAUAUUUACCUGUAUCUUCUUGCUUUGUAUUUUCAUACCCAUCUAUCCCUGAACUAAUUUAAAUAUUUUCAAACGUAUCCUUACAACAAUCAACUUGUGCUACAUCCCACCAUUACAAACAUCCAGUUUAAUGUGUCCACUUGAAAACGUAUCCAUGAAAUAUUUGUCUAUGUGCCUAUGAUGUUCCUUUGUAUUGGUUAAAGGAAAUGAUGUUUUAUAUAUUAUGUUUAUAAAAAUAGAUAAAUAACUAUAUUUUUAUUGGUUCAAUUGUAUGUUCUUGUUUCAACAAACAACAUCAAUAUAUUUCUAGAGACAUGUUUGUUUUUCCAAUGUGCCAUUCAAAUGAAUUAAAAGAACUAGCCUAUGUGCCCUAGAUAACAAUGAAGCACUGCUUUCAAAGUUAAUUACAGUUGAUGUAUUUACUUGUUAAUUUAGUUGUCGAAUCAAUUUUAUUACUUUUUUUGAAAGCAAAGGGCAUGCUGGGGAAGAUUGAGAAAAUAGGAAAUUGUAAAUGGGAAUUUAAAGAUAAUAUUUCUGGAGGACAGACAGGAUUGGAGGACAGAGGAAAAGCUUCAGUCAGCCUCAGUGGAAAUGUCUGCCUGGGGAAACAGAAAGGCUAAGAACGAGAGGGAACUAGCCUUCAGUGGGCUACCAAAGUGCAUGCACAUGGUGAAGAUAAAAGAAAGGCUUGCUAACCCAGACCCAUCCAUUGCUUGGUUCCUCAGUGACGAUCCUGCCACGAUUAGCUUUGAUAUACUAUAGGAAUAAGAAGCAUCUCCCUGUGGGCUUAGCUUCUGGCCUUCGCUUAGGAGGAGGAACCAAUUACAGUUCAAGAAGUCAUAUCUCAUGAAAGACAGGUGUGAAUCACCUUGUUGUUGGGGCUUUCUGUCAUGGCCUCGGGAUCAAAUCCUGGGUCAGAGGUCCAUUAAGGGGAUUUAUCUUUUUGGGCACUUCGAAUAGAAGAAUGGAGAAAGAUUGUUGACAGAUCAUGUGCAGUGCCUAAUGGUUCAACAGACUAAGGAUAGUCCUAAAUGUAUUUUAAAAUUCAUACAAUUAAAAAUUCUUUCAAAGGUUAGGUACCACCAAGUUUUACUAAUAAACCUAUCAAUAGAGUUGAGGAAUAAGAAAUAGUUUGAAUGAAUUUUUUCCCCCAAGACUGUGAUGAUUGAGCACACAAAGUACAUAAUCUGUAUAUUUAUCAAAUCCUGAAAUCCCUAUUUUGUAAAUAUAUUUCCAAUCAUGUUGUAACAAUUUCUAUUCUGUUUGAAUUAAAUUGAAUACCAUUGGAAAAAAUAAAAGUAAUAGUGUUUUUAAAAUACAUUCUAUACCAGUAUUUGUAUAAUUGUUUUAUAACAUUAAAGAAUGGUUUCUUAUCCUAUAGUCUGAGAAUGAUAACACUAUGCAGGGCAGCUAACAUCAAGGCUCAUACAAUCAAAGUCUCAAAAUUUACACAAUUUUAGGACCAGAUUUUUUUUAACCAGCUUUACACAUCAAUAAAGAAAAACUAAAGUAAACUAGUCACCAAAUCCCAUGAGCCUAAAAAAGUGGGUCUAUGAAUUUAAAACCCCUUUUACAAUAAAAAAAAAAACAAAAAAAUUAAGCAAAUUA